AUGGAAAGAGGAUGAAGCGUAUUUUAGUGUGCACCAGUCCUCUAGCCUGUCACUGGUAGUCCUAGUACAUUACAUCAAUUUCAUUAAGAUGAAGAAAAAAAAAGACAAGAGACAAGAGAGAAAGAGAGAGAGAGUCGAGUAGACCAGUAUCCACUAUCCCGGGCCGGGUCUGACAGUCCGUAUCAGCUUCCCCUGAUUCUCUCUCUCAACUCUUUCUCUCUCUCCCUCAUUUAAACGUUUUCAUCUCAACCUUUUCUAAGCAACAACAAACUCAUCAUCUCCUGUGAGAGAGACUGUUUUUAGAGAAGAAGAAGAAGAAGAAAGAAGGGAAGUAAAGAAAGACUUGUUUGAUAGACCCGAGAUUUCUUCUUCUUUUUUGUAGUUAUUUGCUUUUGCUUUCUCUUCUUUUUCUAGUGUGCUUGUGUUCUGUGGUCACUACCCCGAAAAUAAAGUAAUGCUGUCUCCCUUCUCUUCAAAAAUUAAUAUUGUUUACUCCUCGUUAGCUAAAAGCUUUCCAUGGUAGUAACAAAGAAGAAGACGACGAUGAUGACGAUUCAGCUUCAUCUCUUCUACUUCUUCUUCUUGUUUCUCUGUUUCUUCUCUACUCUUACUCUCUCUUCUGAACCCAGAAACCCUGAAGUUGAGGCGUUGAUAAGCAUAAAGAACGGUUUGCAUGAUCCUCAUGGAGCUUUGAACAACUGGGAUGAAUUUUCAGUUGAUCCUUGUAGUUGGGCUAUGAUCACUUGCUCCUCCGACAACCUCGUCAUUGGACUAGGAGCGCCGAGCCAGUCUCUCUCGGGAAGUUUAUCUGCGUCUAUCGGAAAUCUCACUAAUCUCCGACAAGUGUUAUUGCAGAAUAACAAUAUCUCCGGCAAAAUCCCACCGGAGCUCGGUUUCUUACCCAAAUUACAAACCUUGGAUCUUUCCAACAACGAUUUCUCCGGCGACAUCCCUGUUUCCGUCGAGCAGCUUAGCAGCCUCCAAUAUCUGAGACUCAACAACAACUCUCUGUCUGGGCCCUUCCCUGCUUCUUUGUCUCAAAUUCCUCACCUCUCCUUCUUGGACUUGUCUUACAACAAUCUCAGUGGUCCUGUUCCUAAAUUCCCAGCCAGGACUUUCAAUGUUGCUGGUAAUCCUUUGAUUUGUAGAAGUAGCCCACCUGAGAUUUGUUCUGGAUCAAUCAGUACAAGUCCUCUUUCUGUUUCGUUGAGCUCAUCAUCAGGACGCAGGUCUAAUCGACUGGCCAUAGCGCUUAGUGUAAGCCUUGGCUCUGUUGUUAUACUAAUACUUGCUCUCGGAUCCUUUUGUUGGUAUCGAAAGAAACAAAGAAGGCUACUGAUCCUUAACUUAAAUGAUAAGCCAGAGGAAGGGCUUCAAGGACUUGGGAAUCUAAGAAGUUUCACAUUUAGAGAACUCCAUGCUUGUACAGAUGGUUUCAGUUCCAAGAAUAUUCUCGGUGCUGGAGGAUUCGGCAAUGUGUACAGAGGAAAGCUUGGAGACGGGACAAUGGUGGCAGUGAAACGGUUGAAGGAUAUCAAUGGAACCUCAGGGGAUUCACAGUUUCGUAUGGAGCUAGAGAUGAUUAGCUUAGCUGUUCAUAAGAAUCUGCUUCGGCUAAUUGGCUAUUGUGCAACUUCUGGUGAAAGGCUUCUUGUAUACCCCUACAUGCCUAAUGGAAGCGUCGCCUUUAAGCUUAAAUCUAAACCGGCAUUGGACUGGAACAUGAGGAAGAGGAUAGCCAUUGGUGCAGCGAGAGGAUUGUUGUAUCUACAUGAGCAGUGUGAUCCCAAGAUCAUUCACAGAGAUGUAAAGGCAGCUAAUAUUCUGUUAGACGAGUGCUUUGAAGCUGUUGUUGGUGACUUUGGACUUGCGAAGCUCCUUAACCAUGCGGAUUCUCAUGUCACAACCGCGGUUCGUGGCACGGUUGGCCACAUUGCACCCGAAUAUCUAUCCACCGGUCAGUCUUCUGAGAAAACUGAUGUGUUUGGGUUCGGUAUACUCUUGCUUGAGCUCAUAACCGGAUUGAGAGCUCUUGAGUUUGGUAAAACCGUUAGCCAGAAAGGAGCUAUGCUUGAAUGGGUGAGGAAAUUGCACGAAGAGAUGAAAGUAGAGGAACUGGUGGACCGAGAACUUGGGACUAACUACGAUAAGAUUGAGGUUGGAGAGAUGUUGCAAGUGGCUUUGCUCUGCACACAGUAUCUGCCGGCUCAUCGUCCAAAGAUGUCUGAAGUGGUUCUGAUGCUUGAAGGCGAUGGUUUAGCCGAGAGAUGGGCAGCUUCGCAUAACCAUUCACAUUUCUACCAUGCCAAUAUCUCUUUCAAGACAAUAUCUUCACUGUCUACUACUUCUGUCUCAAGGCUUGACGCACAUUGCAAUGAUCCAACUUACCAAAUGUUUGGAUCUUCGGCUUUCGAGGAUGACGAUGAUCAUCAGCCUUUAGAUUCGUUCGCGAUGGAACUAUCCGGUCCAAGAUAACACAGUGAAAGAAAGAAAGAAAGAAAGAAGAAAGACAGAUAUCAUUUUUCGACAUACAAUGGAUCAAACCAUUUGAAAAAGCUCUACACUUUUAUAAUAUAGACAUGUACAUGGUGGUGAAUUGAUGAAAAAAUUUCUCUACAGUUUGAGAUUCUGUGGUGGGUUUUUUUAUGUUGAUGUAUAUAUUAACUUUGGUAAGGUAUUUUAAUGUGAGUUUUUUGUUUGAUUU